CCCGGCCUGCGUUUGGGGUUGCCUAGCAACCGCUCCCUGGGCAUGGCGGCGGCGGCGGUGGCUGAGAAGGGCCGGGCGCCCCUCAGCCUCUGGGAGCAGAUUUGCGCAGACUAUGAAGCAGAGCAGCCUCAACAUCCUGACAAUAUCAAACUGAAAGAGGAACCCGUUUCUGUUGUUCAGGCUUCUCUGGAUGAAAGAAUUCUGAUACUUCCCGAUGUAGAUGAAGUUGAAUGGACACCAGUGGAGGAAGGGGUUCCUUCACAGCCUCCCUUUCCCCUCGUACCACCACAACCACCUGAACUACCCAGUCUGAAAACAUGUCCUCCAAGAGAAGUUUUAGAACACUUUAUAUUUCCAGUGCUCCUCCCAGGGAUGACAGAACUGCUGCAUCAGGCGAAGAAGGAAAAAUGUUUUGAGGGAGACGUGCAGCGAGGACAGAAAGAAACGGAAGGAGGCCCCCUCUACGGAGGUCUUAGUGCUGGGAGGCAGCAGCAGGGGAAGGCCUCAGCCUCUACUCCCUGCUUGCUUUGCCCUCCGGGGUAA